UUAAGUCAGACACACAUGCACUAAACUGUACAACAACACUCCAGAUAUUUAGUUAAAAAAAUUGUAAUCAGCAGACCAGAAGGAAGGGAGCCAUUGUCAGAACAUUGACAGUAUUACUGAAUUCAAGCAAUCCUUGAGAAUCUGUAACUCACAUUUGUACGUCGGCUUAGUCCUAAAAUCUGAUUGCAUUUUUUUCUAACCAUUACAUAGCAUUUGCUUUAUGAAUGGAUGUACUGUCUUUCUCUAUUUAUAAAAGAGCGCUCUUUUGCAUUUCUGUUUUAAUUUAGCAAGGUGUACCAGUACAGUUAUUAAUAUACAUUUUGUUCUCCUAAAGAGAAGUACAAUUUUUAAAUAGUUAUGCAAUGUCUCCAUUUAAGUAAAGGUACGGACAGUUACUCCUGUUAUAAAUUCUUCCACCUGUUAUUUUUAUAUUUGUUACUUUGAAGUAGGAGUCAGAUAGACUCCAAAACCAAGUCUCUGGAGUCCAAGGAGGAUAGCUCAGUCCAAAACACAGUUAUGGAGAAAACACAAAAGACACCCAAGAAAGCCCAUUCUCCAGAACGUGAACUUGCAGAGCCUCCUGCUGUUGAAACUCCACACAGGAGGAGUGGGGUAGUAAAGCCUUAUGCUCUUCCUAAAGACAACCAAAACAAAAGAAUGUCAAAUAGAAAUAUGGCAUCACGCAAGGUUCAUUCUCCGUUACAGAAGUCUGGUCCUUCACAGAUAACUGAUUCUCCUACAGGAAAUAAACAUAAAAGAAAACCAGACAGAAAUGUGAGUCCACAAAAACGACAAACUCCGUUUCAAAAGCAUGCCUCUCCCACCAAUGAAUCUUCAGAAAGUGAGGUUGAUCAAGAAGCUCACACAUUACAUGUUACUCCGAAAAGUAAAAAACGUAGAACAAAAUCAAAUCGGAGCUUGAGUCCACAAAAACUACAAACUCCGUUUCAAAAGCAUGCCUCUCCCACCAAUGAAUCUUCAGAAAGUGAGGUUGAUCAAGAAGCUCACACAUUACAUGUUACUCCGAAAAGUAAAAAACGUAGAACAAAAUCAAAUCGGAGCUUGACACCCAAGAAAGCCCAUUCUCCAGUACGUGAACUUGCAGAGCCUCCUGCUGUUGAAACUCCACACAGGAGGAGUGGGGUAGUAAAGCCUUAUGCUCUUCCUAAAGACAACCAAAACAAAAGAAUGUCAAAUAGAAAUAUGGCAUCACGCAAGGUUCAUUCUCCGUUACAGAAGUCUGGUCCUUCACAGAUAACUGAUUCUCCUACAGGAAAUAAACAUAAAAGAAAACCAGACAGAAAUGUGAGUCCACAAAAACGACAAACUCCGUUUCAAAAGCAUGCCUCUCCCACCAAUGAAUCUUCAGAAAGUGAGGUUGAUCAAGAAGCUCACACAUUACAUGUUACUCCGAAAAGUAAAAAACGUAGAACAAAAUCAAAUCGGAGCUUGGGGACCCCCAGGAAGAUUCAGGACACAUCCACAGAAAAAGAACGAAAAAAACGAAAAACCAAAGCAUCAAGUGGAUCAGGCAAAAAGAAGGCGGUAUCUUUGAAGCCGUGGAGUUCAGAAGAAGUGCCCAGAUCUUCCAGGGACCUGAAUGAGCUGGAUGUUGUACUUUCUGAGUGUGAAAAUGUCUUUGAAGACUUCAGGGCAACGAUCGACUCUGAUGCCACCAUAAAAGCAAUUGAUCUAUUUUUUGACGAUUUUAAAAAUCAGCUUGUUAAGUCUAUAGAAGAUGCUCAGAAGCUAAAAAAUCUUAAAAUAAAAAACACAAAGAUGCAAUCUGAAAUUGGAAUGAAGCAGAAACGAUUGAUCAGUGUGAAAUAUGAAGUCAUUCAGAAUGAGUCAAAGCUUAAAGCACUUCAAAAGAAAUACUCUGAUCUGCAGGAGAAACAUACAGCAUUGAAGAACGCAAAGCAUUUCCUCUCCAAUCUUGGAGAUUUGCAGAAAAGAUAUCUUAAGUUCAGGGAAAAAAAACCAAAUACUACAGAAACGUAUGGGAUUUCCAGUCUUCCUGCCCUUCUGCUAGAAUCACAAACCAUAAUGAAUCCGGAGAAACACAUACGUGACAUUAACAGUAAACUAGAGAAUAUUGUUGGUGAUGAGAAAAAUGCCCUUUAACCCCUUAAGGACCAAACUUCUG